CGGUGGCGAUCCGACCGCUCAGAAGCCUCCACGCUCCCAUCUCCUGCGCCUUCGGAUUCCUGGCUGCGUUCAUGGCUCCUCCUCCCGCCACGCUCACCGGCCGACGACCAACCGAUUCCUUCCCAUUCCCACGGUUUCUGCCGCGUCUCUAAACCCCCAAACCUCCGGUUACGGACAUCUGUAUGUGGAUAUUAUUGUCAGUGGCAGGAGUAGCUCACACGCUUCGUUGCUCUUUCUUUCCCAACCCAAGAGAAAACGAGUAGAAGAAGAAAACACAGAAGAAGGCACGAGGGUAGAGGAAGCAGAAUGCUCCAGGAACAAGCCACGAGCUCCCUUCCUUCCAGCAGCGAGAGAUCCUCCAGCUCUGCCCCUCAGAUGGAAAUCAAAGAAGGAAUGGAGAGCGACGAGGAUGUAAGACGAGUGCCGGAGUUCGGGCUAGAGUUAGCAGGUCCGUCCUCCUCCGAGCGAGGACACGGUUCGGCGGUCGGCCAGGACCAGGCUCGGGUCGGGCAGCGGAGGAGGGGGAGGAGCCCCGCCGACAAAGAGCACAAGCGUCUCAAAAGGUUGCUGAGGAAUAGAGUAUCGGCUCAGCAGGCAAGGGAGCGGAAGAAAGCUUAUCUGAAUGAUCUGGAGGCCAAGGUGAAGGAUUUGGAGGCCAAGAACUCGGAGCUGGAGGAGAGGAUGUCCACAUUGCAGAACGAGAACAACAUGCUGAGACAAAUCCUGAAGAAUACAACUGUGAGCAGAAGAGGAUCCAGUGGCAGUGCCACCGCAGACAGCCAAUAGAACAACAAGGAACAGAAGAGUGAUGUUCAUGUUGAUCGAAGACGAAACUCUUCUGAGUAUGAAGAAUACCUUAAGAAAGAAAGAAAAAGCUUGUUCUGUGAUUGGAUGACACAUGCAUGACGAAGCAACUUCAUCAGUUUGAACUAUCUUGGCUUGUAUCUUGUGAAUGGCACUGGAAUGCCAGCCCCUGGAAAUCUCCUGUAAAGACAACAGCAGCAUAAAUAUCAGUUCCAGGAACAUCAUCAGUUGGUGAUGGAAGA